AUGUUUCUUAAUAGAUCUUUGACGUCUAUCCUAGGGCUUCUCGGAUCCGUGUCCGCAGCUGUGAUUCCCAAUAAUGACGGCUUUCCCAAGCCUAAUGCGCAGCAACAAAUCGCCAUCGCCAAAGCCGCAGGGGGCCUUUUGCCAAAUGUAAAGCUUCCAACCAAGCUCGGACCCGGCAGCACGACUACAUUCCAGCUCAUUGCCUUUAACGAAUUGUUCGAGGUCGCAUUCUUCAACUCCCUUCUUAAGAAUAUCACGAACCACGUCGAAGGCUACAGAGUUAACACACACGUGGACAAGAUCACCGAGAUCUUGACAACGGUGCGAGCGCAAGAAGAACAGCAUGUUAUUGCCGCCGACGCUGCCCUCAAGGCAGCCGGCGAAUUCUCGCCCCAAGCCUGCCAAUAUCAGUUUCCCACAACCAACCUUGCCGGCGCCAUCAGCCUCGCCGAGACAUUCACUGCUAUCGUCCUGGGCGCUCUGCAAGGCGCCAAUAUUGCAUUCGCCAAAGAAAACCUCACUGUCCCAAUUCAGCUCAUUUCGUCCGUCAUCGGACAGGAAGGCGAGCAAAAUGGCUUCUACCGCCACCUCAUCAAGCAGGUCCCCUCGGAGUCUCCCUUCCUGACACCUGUCCCGGCGCCUUUUGCCUUCUCUGCCCUCCAGCUCUUCGUCAUUCCUGGUUCAUGCCCAUUCCCACUUGCCAACAUUGAUCUGCCUAUUUUGCCUACUCUCGCGGUCAAUGGUGGCCCCGUCGCCGUCAUCGAGCCUAGGGACCAGCGUCUUUCUUUCUCGGCUGACCUAACCGAUGCAGAGGAUAGCAAGACAAAUGUCGGCUCAGACGGCUCAGGGCUUUGGCUAACGUACACCACCGGCCAACAAAAACCCAUCUCUGUGCCCGUCACCAACCUAAAGUGGAAUGGUAGCGAACUCACCUUUGAUGCCGACUUUCCCUUUGAGGAGAAUGUCAUGAUGGGCUUCAGCCACGCCGCCCUCACAACAGCAAAGGAUUUCGAAAGUGUUGAUGAUAUUGUCUCCGCGACAAUUGCUGCACCUGCGAUAAUUCAGGUGGAGCAUGAGUCCGAUUGCAAAAAGCUGGCAAAUGACAUCUGA